GCUCAUUACGCACGCACCCUUUCGUUGUUCAAAUAUUGUGAAGCUAGUAACAUCUUCGUGGCGAGCGUUGUGCAAGUGUCUAAUUGCAAGUCUAAGCUAGUGGAACUUUCCCUAUCGAGCGCUACAAUUCUUGUUUGUCGUCCAGUGACAUUAUCCGUGAUCGGUUUCAAGUAUUUCAGUGUGCAGAACAGCGGCUAAGCCAUGGCUACCACCCCAGAGAAAAAGCUGAGUGCGUCGGAAUUGGUCGACCUGGCCCCCUUGGCGACUGAGCCAGGGAAUGAUCUGAUAUCGACCGUACAGGAACGGGAUGAGCAGAAGGCCGCUCAAGAUCAGAGUGUCGAGAAGCCGGAUGAGGAUCAGUCGAAAAUCGAGAAGGCUCUAGAAGAUGCAAUGAGCGACAUUGUGGAGCGAGGUGAAAGUGAAGACAUCAGUGGAAAGCCGAUAGCUGAAAGUGACAACCUAGAAGCUUUGGAGGAAAUCCCGCAAGAGGCAAACAUCGUGGACGAGGAUCACGUCGAGCAAGAGACCACUCACGACGAAGCUCACGAUGAAGCUCACGAUGAAGUCAUCGUGGAGGCCUCGGAAGAUGCAGCGGAAGGCGAAGAUCGCUGUGCACGUGUGGAGGUUUAAGCUGUUGAGCAGUGGAGCUGGCGAUGAGCUGAGUUGGUGUGCCGAUUCCUGCCAGCAGCGUGAAGAGUGAAGGGAGCGAAUGAACUGGAUAAAGUCCCGUGUGUUUCAAUGAUGUUGGAUGUAGUCUUGCAAUUUUCGAUACAUGGAUAAAGAGUUGCAAUUUUGUAUUUUUGGUAAAUCAAAAUGAUUGAAUAAAAUUGAAGCAAAUAUUUAGAAAAAAAA